GCACCCAUGAGACCGCCGCGGCGCCACCUCCCCGCCGCCCUGGCGAAGUUGCUGCUGCCGCUGCUGAUGGCGCAACCGUGGGCCGCAGAGGCGGGGCUGCUCCUCGCAAACGGCACCGCCCGGGACCCCGCGGCCUCCAGCUCCCCGUGCCCGCGCGGCUCGCAGCCCUGGCAGGUCUCACUCUUCAACGGCCUCUCGUUCCACUGUGCGGGCGUCCUGGUGGACAAGAGUUGGGUGCUCACGGCCGCUCACUGCGGGAACAGCAAGCCCCUGUGGGCGCGCGUCGGGGACGACCACCUGCUGCUUCUCCAGGGUGAGCAGCUGCGCCGGACCUCCCGGCCGUUUCUCCACCCCAAGUACCGCCAGGGCUCGGGCCCCAUCCUGCCCCGGCGGACAGACGAGCACGAUCUCAUGCUGCUGAAGCUGGCCAGGCCCGUGGUGCUCGGACCCCGCGUGCAGACCCUGCGCCUGCCCUACCGCUGUGCCCAGCCCGGGGACUGGUGCCAGGUGGCUGGCUGGGGCACCUCGGCCACUCGAAGAGUGAACUAUAACAGGGGGUUGCACUGUGCCGGAGUUCGGGUCCUGAGCCCACAGGAGUGCAACGUCUUCUACCCGGGCGUGCUCAGCAGUGGCAUGAUGUGUGCAGGGCUGGAGCGGGGCGAGGACCCCUGCCAGAGUGACUCCGGAGGCCCUCUGGUGUGUGAGGAGACCCUGCACGGCAUCCUCUCAUGGGGCGCGUACCCCUGUGGCUCCGUCCAGCACCCUGCUGUCUACACGCAGAUCUGCAAAUACGUGCCCUGGAUUGAGAAGACCAUCCGCACCCACUGAGCCCCCCUGCCCCACUCUCCCACAC